GGGGGUGGUGUUUCCCUGAGCCCGCUUGUUUCGCUACUAAGGUGCCGGGAGGGGAAGGGAGGGCCGGGGAGGGGGAGGUGUUGGCUCGCAGGGGUUCUCUGCCCCCCUGGUUUCUGCUCAGCACGGGCCGGGCGGGUGGCUCCCCCCGUCCCUUCGGGUGGGCAGAACGCCAUGCCGCUCUUCGGUAACACCUUCAGCCCCAAGAAAACGCCGCCACGGAAGGCCGCCUCGCUCUCCAAUUUGCACUUGCUGGACAGAUCCACCCGUGAGAUCGAGCUGGGCCUGGAGUAUGGCAGCCCCACCAUGAACCUUGCUGGCCAGAGCCUGAAGUUUGAAAACGGCCAGUGGGUGGCAGAGUCAGGGAGCUUCACAGGAGAUCGCAGGGAAAUGCAGCGCUUGCGCAGACGAAACCAGCAGCUGGAGGAGGAGAACAACCUGCUUCGCUUGAAAGUGGAUAUUCUGCUGGACAUGCUCUCCGAGACCACCGCCGAGUCCCACCUGAUGGAGAAGGAGCUGGAGGAACUGAAGACUCACAGCCGGAGGAGGAAGUGAAGAAGAAGAGCUGGCUGGAGGAGGAGGGAGCGAGGAGGCUGGCUUAUUGAGUCCUCCUUGCCCCCGCGGGCAGGAUGCCUAGGACUGGCUUGGAAUUGUGUCGGUACUACAUACAGGACUUUGUUCUAUGGACAAGAUGCUCGUGGUGCUGUGGGUACUAUGUGAGGGAUGCUGCAGCACCUGAUAAGUCGCACCACAGCGCUGUUAAUGAACACAGUUUUUAUUGGA